GUCAAGGUUAACUGCAGAAUCCACGAUUUCAAAUUUACUGUCAUGAUCACUGCCCUUAAUACAAUCCUGUCCAGAUAAACAGGUGCGAACCAGAGAAAUCAGCUACCUGUCUUUGAGAAGAAUGGUUACUUUAUUGGAAAAUGUAAUGUGCAUUUUGUCAGCGUAAUACGUAUAGAUUAUAAUAGUCGCUGAGCGUGAUGAUACGAAAGAUAACUUGGUGUCUAUGGUCAGACAAGCCAGUGUUUCCAAUCUUGUUUUGCAACUAGAUCCUGCUAAACUCAUGGAAGAAGAAUUCCUUGCUGCAUUUUGUCAUCGAGGUAGCGUUACAGUCCUACCGUUGAAACCACUGCCAGACUUUAAUCUAUCUAUCGAAAAGUCGAUUCUCACUUUGGACAUGUCUCCAAUUGUAUACUCUGGUUUUGGUUUGUCAGCUAAGAAAGUUAAACGAAACAGUAAACAGUACUAUUACCGAUUCCAGGUUGCUUUGAAUAGUACAAACUUCCAACCUAACGGACCGUUACAUUCUCGUCUUCGAUCAUUCUUUAAAGCAUUCACUAGUCCUGUGGAAUCGGGUACUCGUAUACCCCAACGCAUCACAGAUCUUGGACCUUUCUUUGUUGAUUGGUUACCAGAUACCCAUCGUGUUUGGACAGGUGAAUUGCCGAAAUCUGGUUCUGUUGCUGCUUAUCUGAACAAAUGCGAGCAUGUUGCGAUCCGACCACAAUGUGAAGUCUUUGACUACACUGGGUCACCUAUUCGCUUGCCCGAUUUCGUUAUAUGGGAAAAAGUGCCAAUGAAACAGGAAGAAACAAACAGAUGCCAAGAAGUGGAGAAACCUUCGAGCUACCUAAAUACUGUAAAUAUUCAACUGGGGCUAACGAUUUUAUCCUACCUGGCGACUGGAAUUUCCUCUUCUAACUCAGCCGCUGCAGAUUGCCAGUCAAAUGAUAACCCAUGUUUGACCAAUGCUAGUCUGUCGCCAAUUUAUUCACAAGCCCUGGGUGAAAUUCCAUCAGAAUCAUCAGUCUAUGAGCUGAAACAACCGAGAAUUAUUUGUCUGACGGGAUUGUUUCCUGACUAUUAUUACAGUCAAUUAGAAGAUCAAAUAAAAUCUAUGCUAAUGAACAAUCUACACGUGAAUGAACUUGUAUACAUGUGCAAAUGUCCAUUGAAAUCUGCUGACCCACUACUACUACAUGCAUUUGAGCAAUCCAUGAGCAGUAAUUCUGGGACUGUAUUUGUAACUGGUGGAAAGAAUAUUUCAGAUUCACAAAAUCCAUCUCUUAUCAAGAUUCGUUUCUAAGCUAUAUUUUUUUUGUUUGUUGAUAAAGUUGUAUAUUUGGAGUAAAAUAUAUAUAUUUCAAAAACUCUUUUCUGUGAUGA